AUGCUUGAUCGUUUAGAAAUAUUGAAAUUACUGAAAGAAAAACGUGUUCUUGGCUUAAACUUAUUAAGUGAAUAUGUGUUUAAACAGCUAAAUUCGAACUCAAAGAUGUAUGACUACUCAUCUCAACUGAGCAAUAUACAUGAUGAAGAAUUCGAAUUAGCAGAUGAUGAUGAUGAUGAUGAAAGAGCAGAUGAUCUCAACAUGGAUGAUGGUAAUAAUGAUAGUAAUUCUUCUAAUGAUGAUUAUACUGAUGACGACGAACAAGAUGAUACUCGAAAUUUAAUAAAUACGACGAAAGAUGACUAUGUUGGAAUGAAAAUCUUCAAUACGGUUCAGACCCACAUAGAACAUUCUUACUUAAAAGUUACAAUCAAUGACGAUAUGAAAUAUAUGCAUAAACAAACUGCUUGUUGGUUAUUAACCGGCGAAAAAAGUAAAAUUUCAAACGAUCGAUUGCUUCGAGUACAUCAGAAUAAUAAAAAAAAAUGA